CAAGAAGCUGUCAAAAUCUCCACUGUGGCUGAAAUUCUGAUAAACAUCCUGGCCGUCACAUCGCGACUUCCCGCUGUGAUCGGCUGAUGACGUCAAGGUGCAUGCCGAUGCGUCGUCGACCAAUCAGCGCGUAGCGGGGGCGAUCAUCCCCUCCAGCUUGGGACGACUCAUGAUCUCCCUACUCACGCUUGGUAACGGGAGUUACCCGCUACCAGUUUCCAGCACAUUAUUGGCCAGGUCUGCAAUAUGUCGGGCUGGUUCACCUUGUUCACGAACUGUCGCUACAUCCUCAACGGCGAGCUUGUCGAGGACCAUCUCGUAAUCUCCGAUGAGACCGGACUCAUCCUGAAAAGAGAAGGCUACAUCGGAGGCGAGGCCAUCGAUUUGGAAGACAGCAUCAUAGCCCCCGGCUUUCUGGAAUUACAUACUAAUGGAGCGAAUGGUUUUCACUUCACGCAUCAUGAAGACGAGAAGAUGUAUGCAAAGAAGGUAGAUGAAAUCGCGAGGUAUUACGCGACUCAGGGUGUCACGGGAUUCUGGGCAACCAUACCUACCGUAAAGAGUGAUGAAUUCCACAAGAUCCUUCCCUCUCUGAAGCCUCGCCAGAUUGCCUCUUCAGCAUCUCUUCUUGGAGCUCACACUGAAGGCCCAUAUCUACAUCCUACCAAGAAAGGCGCCCAUAACAGCUCCCUUUUCAGUUCUUGUUCAACAUCCCCUUCUACCGUCUAUGGAUCCUCCAAUCUGCAAUCCACUGUCAAGCUCGUGACCGUCGCACCGGAGCUCCCUGACUCAGCGGCACUUAUCAAGACACUGACGUCGCAGGGUAUCAAGGUAGCGAUGGGCCAUUCCUCCGCCACAUACGAAGAAGGAUUGACUGGGCUCAAGGCUGGAGCAAAUGGCUUGACGCAUACCCUGAAUGCGAUGCCAGCUUGGGCAUCGAGAGCCCCUGGGCUGGCUGGAUUGAUAUCGCUACCAGAAGCAGGAAAUAUUUCACCUCCAUGGUACACAAUCAUCGCGGACGGGGAACAUCUUCAUCCAAAUACCGUGUCUCUGCUUCAUCGCUCCAACCCGAAGCGGUCAAUUCUGAUCACUGAUAGUAUCGAGCUUGCAUCCCUCAAGGACGGGACAUACCCUGGUCACUCGCAGAUCCCUUUUGAGCAGGUCAAGAGCGGAACACGAGCAACAAUCGCAGGAACCGAUACGUUGAUCGGCGGAUGUAUUCCACUCCAGCAGAGUAUGAGGAACUUGAUGAACUGGUCUGGUUGUGGAAUCGCAGAGGCUGUAGGCACAGUGACAGAAAAUGUGGCUGCUUUCAUGGGUGUUGAUGGCGAAGGUGGUAGAGGUAUACUGAAGGAGGGCAGGAGGGCAGACUUGACUGUAUUGAGUGAGCAAGGCGAAGUACUUCAAACAUGGGUCGCUGGACAUAAAGUAUGGGACAGAGAAGAAGAUAUUCGAGCAUAUGAGGACGAUGGUGAAGCGAGAGGUUAACGCUGACUUUCACUGACGACAAUCAUGUUAGGACAUUUCACAUUGUGACGAGGGAACUAGAUAUGUGGUAGAACUGCGUAGAAAUUUGAACACCGUACGGAUCGAGGGCUUG